CCAAUUUUGAAGAACUGUGCCACUCUCGUUUGAUUCUUUCUUUUCUAGAAUUUACUCCAACGUAUUCUUCUUUCAAGUAGAAUCCCAUUUCUCGAUCGCAUUCUCUGCCUGUGCUGUGUGCUAUUCGUUCUACAGGUUGUUCUGCUUUUGCAACCGAUCGUUCGUUGCCCACUCCUGCUCCUCGCGCAGGGAUGCAAGAAAGUCCUCCACAGAUUUGCACCCAGUCUCCCUUAACACACAAAGGGCUGCCUUUCGAAAAGAGGCACGUGAUGUUACCAACACCAUAUUCGGCAGAAAUCCGGCAUCCUUUUUGUCUCUAUUGUUCCCGGCAUUCGCCAUUUUUGUUGGUUUUCGGGUAUGAGUUGAUUUUGAUUUUUUCUUUGACGACUUGUUUGAAUACCCGUCACCCCGGUCGUCUUGUUCUAACGCCCACCAAUAAUCGAGUUCGUUGAUGAGGAACGACAGCUCCUUCAGUUCCUGGUCCGAUACAAAAGCCUCAGCGUUGCGGUUUCGCGGCUUUGCUUUUGUGUUUCUCUUCCUCCGACAUUUGGUGGCCGCCGACGCCCGUUCCUCCCGCAAUCGCCCGAGAUAUGCCCCCCCGGCGUACAUCUGCAGGGCUCCGAAAUGGGGAAAACGGUAGCGGUCUAGGACGCCGCAGUGGGCUUCGAGCUUGUUGACCUUCAGCUGCAUCCCCAUGUCCCAUCCAUGGAGAAAAUUUCCGCCAAAGACUAGGGAGUCGCGGGGGGUGUAGACGGCAUGAAUCCAUCCGGCCGGCAGGAUCAGAGUCUCUCCCUCGGACAAUAAAAACCGAAAGGCAGCGGUAUUGUGUCGGUCCCAGUCCCUGGUCGCAUCGGGUGAAAAGGAGUCGCGGUCAAAUCCGCUGACAUAGCACUUCCUGCCAGUGGUCUCGCUGCAACCAUCCCCAUUCCCAUCGGCCCUGUCUCGAACAAGAUCCGGUAGAAACACGCUGCUCUGUUGCUCCAAGCAAAGCCAUUCCUGAAAGGCCUCGAGAUUGGUAUCCGUGGGGGGAAGAACGCAGAAUAUCUUGCUUCCGGAAACUACGUGGUACCAGACAGAGGAUCCACCAAAGUCAAUAUGAAAGUCAGUAUAAGCGCCGGACACCGAGGUGAGACAAUAGUACUGGACGACAGGGUACUCCCAAUCGAUGGACCCCUUGGUUGCUUUUCUGUUGUUUCCUUUAGCAGUACCAGUCCUUCCCCCCGGAGCCCUGCUGCCGGUCGAUCCGGUUUCUUUGGGACCCCGUUUGUUUGUUUUGUAUUUCUCUCYGGAAGGCCAGGCAUUAUCGAUCCAAUCAAUGGCUCGCACUAGACCGGGAGAUCGAACCAUGUCGUGAAGGGGCGUUCCACUGAAUUCAAAGGAGAUCUGGUUGAGGAUCUUUCCUCGAAAUUGCCCGGCAACCCCGAAAUUGCCGUGCUGCUGCAGCUGCUGCUGCUCCCCGUGAUUGGUAGAGAAACAUGCACCGCUGCCGGGCUGCUCGGUGUGGAGAAUAUUGGCAACCCGCUCCUCCGAUCGUAGGGCUGCCUGGCGGCGCUUCCGGCCGGUGCUCGGCGAGACUACACAUGACGUUGCUGCACUUGUGGCAAGUUUUGGCGGAGGGGAUGCCGGUGGUGGUGUUUUUGUUGUCGUUAUUGUUGUUGUUGUUCUUGUUGUUGUCGGAUGAGGUUUCACCGACAUCAGGAGGAGUUCUUGCCGCUGCUCGUCUUCGAGGUAUUCCAGCAGGUGUCCGAUCGUCCAGUCUUCGCAGUCGCUGGAGAGCCUCUGGGUCGAGCAGUCGAUCAUCUGUACUGGGGUUGCGAUUCCAACCACCCUGGCAACGUCCCGGAUAGAAAAGGGAUCGUUUCUGCUUUUCUUUAUGCACUCCGACGGUCGCUUUCGCUUGUCGGUGUGAUUCUUGGCUUUGGAACUGGUUUUCGUUUUGGUGCGGCCUCUAGGUAUUUCCAUGCCGAUGGAUUCUGGUGUGUCUCUGACGAGGAUUGGAUAGUGGAUGCAGAGAGGACGUGUGGGCCAAUUCCUCUUCUUAUUUCGAUUGGAUUCGUUGGAAUCGAUAUAGUCGCAAUGGCUCCCGAUCAGAUUCGAGACCACCAUUCGGUUGCGUCCUUCUCCCGGCAAGACGACCUGGAGGAAAGGUCGAUCGUGUUCGUGUUCCUUAUCUUUGUUGUUGGCUGCGUUGCUGUCCUUCCCCGGGGUCCAGUCUGGAAAUGCUAACAAACUCGGGACGUGGGGGUGUAUCGUGGGUUGCUCUGGCGUUGUUUGCCACAUAGUAAAAUAUAGUGCAAUGA